ACACCAUGUAAAAAUGGUGGACAGUGUGAGAAUUCCGAGCCAAAUAAGUACAGAUGUGUUUGCCCCGAUGGUUUUUCAGGGCGCAAUUGUGAAAUAGAUGUUAAUGACUGUAGUGAUCAGUGCAAAAAUGGAGCAACUUGCAAGGAUCUUGUCCAUGACUACCAAUGCCUGUGUAUGCCAGGUUUCAUGGGGCACCAUUGUGACAUUGAUAUCGAUGAGUGUGCCAGCAAUCCAUGCCAAAACAAUGGCCAAUGCCAUGACCAUAUUGCAGGAUAUCAAUGUAUUUGUCCACGCGGAUUCUCUGGACUUCAAUGUCAGGUGGACAUUGACCUUUGUUCUCCAAACCCAUGUAAGAAUGGUGCAAGUUGCUUUAACAUGGAUGCUGAUUACUACUGCUUUUGUAUGGAGGGAUUCGAGGGCAAGAAUUGCUCUAACAGGAAAAAUGGUCAAAAUUUUGAAGUCGUAGACAGUUGCACUAUUUCUGUUGCCUCCAACGAAUCUGAUGGGGGCACUAAACUAGUGUCAUCAAGUGUCUGUGGGAAUCAUGGGAGAUGUCGCAGCAAGCCACGUGGUCUCUACUCUUGUUAUUGUGACCCAGGAUUUACUGGCACGUACUGUCAUGAGAAUGUAAAUGACUGCAGCAGUUCACCCUGUCAGAAUUCUGGGACAUGUGUCGAUGAAGUAAAUUCGUUUCAGUGCAUCUGCGCUGAAGGAUGGGAGGGAGCUUUAUGUAACUUAAAUAAAAACGACUGUUCCCCAAACCCUUGUCGCAAUAAUGGGUCAUGUACGGACCAUAUAGCUGAUUUUACCUGCAGUUGUAGAGGACCUUGGAAAGGCAAGACUUGCAGCUUACGGUAUAGUCAUUGUGACAGUACAACCUGUGCUAAUGGGGGAACAUGUACUGACCUUGGUACAACAUUUGCAUGUAAAUGCCUACCAGAAUGGGAUGGGAAUACGUGUCAGCUAGCAAAAAACUACACAUGCGACUCAUCACCUUGCCAGAACUCUGGGACGUGCAUAAAUAGUGGAGAUAGUUUCACAUGCAUUUGUAAGGAAGGAUUCACGGGUGCUAUGUGUGAAGAAAAUAUAAAUGACUGUAAUCCAUACCCUUGCUAUAAUGGAGGAACAUGUAUAGAUGGCGUUAACUGGUAUCUUUGUAAAUGUCCCACUGGAUUCGCUGGACCCGAUUGUCGGCAUAACCUUAAUGAAUGUUAUACAAAACCAUGUAGUUAUGGAAGCACUUGCCUAGAUGGCAUUGGGAAAUUUCAGUGUAUUUGUCCCCGUGGUAGAAGUGGACCCAGGUGUGACCAAGUAAUUGGGGUAUCGCCUGCACCGUUGCCAUGUACAUUUCAACGCCGUUUCUAUAACGACCAGUCAUCGUGGCAACAUGAAUGCAAUUCAUGUCAGUGUAACAAUGGAAAGGUCCAGUGUACAAAGAUAUGGUGCGGACCGAAAAACUGCCUCUCUCACCCAAACAUUUCAGAGCCAGUAGAAAUCUGUAUUCCAGGACAAACUUGUGUCGUUCAGACACACCAGACAUGCUUCACACCACCUUGUCUCCCCUGGGGCCAAUGUAAGGCUCUAGACAGAAUCACAGAUCCCGUGCCUUAUGGGAUUGAUACAACCUGCAUUCCCAAUAAUGACAUCACACCCAACAGUUGCGCAAAAAUAACACUGAUUUUUGAUAAAUCUAAAAUGCCAACAGGCAUCUCGGUGGAAGCGAUUUGUGAUCAUCUCCGAGAGCUACCAGUGCUGCACUCUAUGCUACAUCAAGACGAACUAAUAAUCCUGUGUGAUCGCCAAACAGGCCACUCUGAUACAAUAGAAGUUACUUUGUCGACCAAAACAACAGUUGUAGCAACAUCUACAGAGGCAGAAGAAGAGGAUACCAAGCCACGGACAUAUCUAAUGACCACUGUUGACAAAUUAUCAAACUACAUCAGUCGCAAACUCAGCAAUAGUAGCGCACUAGCUGCUGUAAUAGAAGUUAAGGUUGAAACUACAUAUAUGAAUACUACUGUGCAUCAUGGUGCAUCUUAUUUGAUUCCACUCUUGUGUUCAAUAAUGGGAAUCCUAGGUCUCAUUGCGAUCAUCAUCAUCAUCCUAUAUCACAAUAGGCGGAGACGCAAAAGGCCACAUCGUGAACGUGGAGUCCAUAUUCGUAUUGAAGAACAAAAUAAUAAACUUGAAAAUGUAGAAAAUGAAGAAAAUCUACGCCGCUACAGAAAUCCAUUGUUUGGAACAGAUAAAGGUGGAGGGACACUGAAACAGAGUAGCCAGGAAUUGAUCGAGAUUGACUUAGAAAAAUAUGAAAAAAGUCCCUGUAGGAGGGCCCUGGGACAAAAAGAUACAAACAAUGAUGCAUCUAAAAAUAAUCCUCCAAUGAAAUUACCAAGAACUCCUAAAAAUAUAAAUGUUGAGUUGUCAAGAACACUUACAGACAGAGAUGAACGAGAUUUAAUCGCGUAGCGUCUACAUUGUGUACAGUGCUCGUAAUAUUGAGCAGUAUUUAUUAUUUUCAUCAACAUAUUUAUGCAACUUGUGUUAAAAACACAAGCUGUAUGGAAAAUCACCAUACAUGGAGGAAUAUAAUAAAAGAGGGCAGCACAAAACAAAUGGCUGAGUUUGGAUCAGGGAUAGAUGCAAAUCAUAUCCUACCCUGACAAUAUAUGUUAUAGGUAAUGUUAACCUAUUGACUUUCAAUGAAAACUUAUAUGGAUGGACCUAGUCCCAACAUUUCAGUAUUUUUAGUUAUCCAGUAUGUUAGUUUUGUAUAUUUUUUUAUUUGAUUUUUAGUUUGAUUUUCAGUGAUUGUCCAUUAAUUGUCUAUUCGAUUUAUUCAUCAUAAGUGAAUAUAGUCUUCAAUUGAAACUCAUUUUGUACAUGUUUUCAUACGCCACCUAUACUUAAAAUAUCACAAUGGCCAUGUUAAUUCACUAAAUCCCCACAAUUUGUAUUAAAUGUAUGAUUUUUCUGUGGAAGUGAGUAUUUCAUACAUUUUAGAUCCAAUUUUCUAUUCCUUUCCUCUUGUCAAUUUAUAUUCUUACACAUCGCCAUUGUGAGAUUUUACUUAUAGCCAAUCUCCGCUCAUUAUGAAAAUUGCAGGGAAUUUUAGUUGAAUUUUUAUCAACAUUAUUAGAAUAUUGGUGUAAAUAAUUCUUCCGAAUUGUACAUGUAUUAUAUUAAAAAUGGUCAUUUAUUUUUAUUUGAUGCUAUGUGUACAACUGUAAUGUUGGAUGUUCCUGUUUUUAUGUCACCACCAGAAGUGGUGACAUUGUUAUCGCCUCCAACUUUUUUAUACCUGGUCGUUGGUGUUCGGCAUUUGGCGGUUGAUGUUCAGCAGUUGGUGUCUGUAACAAAUGGCAGCAGGUGGUGACAUUUUGCAUUUUAAUGCCUUGUUUGUAAAUAUUGUCCUCCAUUGAUAGGGACAAUGCAUGAAUGUCUUAGGAAAUCCAGUUGUUAAAUUCAAUUGAUGAUUCAGCCAGAAAAAGAAAGUUAUAACUAAUAAUGCUUUUAGGCAAUCGUAAAGAAGUUUGUUGGUUGAUUAUAAAGAAGUUAUUCGAUUGGGCAAUUGUAAAAAUGAGUUUUCUUAUUGGGUAGAGAAGUUAUGUUGGGCAAGUCUAUUUGGUAAAUAUCAAGAAGUAAUUGUGCUUGGUUAUGAAUUUCACUCAGAAUUACUUUAAACACUUCUCACAUUGUAGGAUGUACUGUGACUUGUUUGAACAAUUGAAUUAGCCCUCUGAAAUGUUUCCUUGUAAAUGUAAUAUCACCUUUUGUAUACAGAGCUUGUGAUGUUGGACUGGUAAGGUUUAUAAGCAGGGUGUUAGAGUUUAAAGGUCAAUUUUGAAUUUAUCUUAUCCAUAACCAAAUAAAUGCUAAAAGGAAUGGUUUAAAGAAAUAAUAAAAAUACUUGAUAUCAGACAGUCUCUACUAGGAAAGUUCUUGAUUAUUCAAAAUUUAAAUUUACUGCUGAACCAGUCUAGUGUUGAAGCCCAUCCUUCAAGAUCGGGAAUCACUGUCCCAGCUUAUGGGAUAAUUGAAAUAUAAUGUACCCUUGGACCAAGGAUGGUUAAGCCCUAGCCCUACCAGUUGAUAAAAAAUUACAAACUAUGUCUACCAGUGGUGUGUAUGAUAGAUAUAGCUACUUAUUACUUUAUUAAUACACCAUAAAUGGCAUUUAUAUAUCAUGUAAUACAAAAUAUAAAACUGAGAAUCACUGCAGCGUAGUGCAUGGAAUUUCAAAAAUCUGUGCACUAUAAAUACAGAAAACUGAGAUGUAAAUAAUGUACAUAAAAAUUACAUGUUUUGUGUAUAUUUCUAUGAAAAAUGUAUGUAUUAAAGUACAUUUAUUAUACAAGUGAUUGAUGUACAGUGUUCACGUGGAAUAAGGUUCCUGUACCAUUAUACAUAAGGUGUCUCACAAAUUUAUUUUUUAUUUUAUUUGUAAGCAUACAAAGGGUGUCUCAUACAUGUAUUAUUAGUGCAAAUUGUUUGAUACUGAUUGUAAUUUAAAAGUCACAACGAAGAAAUGAAAUGCUCACUUUGUCACUCUAUGGUGUAAUGCAACAUAUAUAUUAUAUAAGGCCCAUAGUCACUAUUCUUGAUAUGUCACCAAUGGAUUAUUUGGAUAAUUUAAAGUUUCAUACAAAUGCUAC